GUCAGCAUCCCGGGUGGACAUAAGCUACAGGCGCUAAUGUCGCCUGAUUAGACUAUUGUUCUUUCUUUGCGCCUGUGAACACGUGGUUGGACGCAUCCAGUUGCCGAUGCAUAUCUCCCAGUCAUUCUACGUUUUGCUAUUCUUCAAAAGGUGUGUCUCUCGCUCUCUGUAUUGAGAGUGCACGGCCAUUUUGUCUGUACAUGUAUGCCUGUGUCGCUGCCUACUGUGCUUUCACGUCAGGAGGAUCAGGAAGUGAACUGUGUGUGUGAGAGAGAGUGUGUGUGUGCCUGCCUUUGUGCCUGCGAGAGUGAAAUUGUGCUGGAGACGAGUGCCCCUCUUCUAAAAGCCCAACAUCAUCUCUUCAUUUUCCUCCCGAAUCAACAUUGUCGUUUUAUUACCUCGCCACCGUUUCCCUCUGUGCAAUGGAUGGCUAAUGGCGAUAGUGACAGCAGGUAUUUCAAAGGAGUGUGUUCCCCUGUCUCCUGUCUCCCUGUAUCCAGAGUGCUCCACGUGCGGAAGGUUCCAGUGGAGGUGUCCGAACCCGAGCUCAUCUCCAUAGCAACGCCUUUCGGAAGAGUCACCAACCUGUUGAUGCUCAAAGGCAAAAACCAGGCGUUUAUCGAGAUGGCUUCUGAGGAGGCCGCGAUCACCAUGGUGAACUACUAUGCUGCCGCCACGCCGCACGUCAGGAACCAGCCGGUCUACAUCCAGUACAGCAACCACAGGGAACUCAAGACAGACAACCUGCCCAACCAGGGGCGUGCUCAGGCAGCGCUGCAGGCGGUCAAUGCAAUGCAUGCUGGGGGUGUGGGCGUGUCCUCCAUGUCCGGCUCCGCCUCCUCAGCUGAUGGGGGCCUGAUGCCUGGCCAGAGCCCUGUGCUGAGGAUUAUAGUGGAGAAUCUCUUCUACCCAGUAUCACUAGAGGUCUUACACCAGAUCUUCUCCAAGUUCGGCACGGUGUUGAAGAUCAUCACCUUCACCAAGAACAACCAGUUCCAGGCUCUCCUGCAGUACGCAGACCCUCUGCACGCACAUCACGCCAAAGUGACUCUGGAUGGCCAGAACAUCUAUAACGCUUGCUGCACGUUAAGAGUGGAGUUCUCCAAGCUGGCGAGCCUCAACGUCAAAUACAACAACGACAAGAGCAGAGACUUCACACGACUAGACCUGCCCUCAGGAGACACCGGACAACACACACUAGACCCCACCGUCGCCGCCUUCGGUGCUCCUGGGAUCAUAUCGUCUCCGUAUGCCGGAGCUGCAGGAUUCGCACCCAUCAGCUUCCCACAAGCAGGCCUGUCUAUGCCUGCGAUGCCCGGUCAUCUGGGUCCCCUGGCCAUCCCCUCCUCAGCGGUAGCAGGCCGCCUCCCCCUCCACAUGGCUCCGCCCACCCUGCACUCCGUACUCCUGGUGUCCAACCUCAACCCCGACAGUAUAUCACCUCAUGGCCUCUUCAUCCUCUUUGGUGUGUAUGGUGACGUCCACAGAGUGAAGAUCCUCUUCAAUAAGAAGGAGAACGCCCUGAUACAGAUGGCAGAUGCUACUCAGGCACAACUGGCUAUGAGCCACCUGAAUGGCCAGCGUGUUUAUGGGAAGGUGAUGCGGGUCACAGUCUCCAAACACCAGACAGUCCAACUACCCAGAGAAGGACAAGAGGACCAGGGCUUGACUAAGGACUUUAGCUCCUCCCCUCUGCAUCGCUUCAAGAAGCCCGGAUCCAAAAACUUCCAGAACAUCUUCCCCCCCUCCGCCACACUGCACCUGUCUAAUAUACCGCCCUCCAUAACAGAUGACAUCCUGAAGGAUCUCUUCAGCUCCACCGGAUACUCAGUCAAGGCCUUCAAGUUCUUCCAGAAGGACCGCAAGAUGGCGCUGAUCCAGCUGGGCUCGGUAGAGGAGGCCAUUCAGGCCCUGAUCCAGCUGCACAACCACGACCUGGGGGAGAACCACCACCUGAGGGUCUCCUUCUCCAAAUCAACCAUCUAAUACCCUCUACCCUCUACCCCCUCGACCACCACCUUCUACCCCUACACCACCACGACCUGGGGGACAACCAUCACCUGAGGGUCUCCUUCUCCAAAUCAACCAUCAGACCAUCACCCUGGCAACCACCACCCUGGCAACCAUAACCCUGGCAACCACCUUAAACCACCCUUACCCUACACCACCAUGACCUGGGAGACAACCACCACCUCAGGGUGUCAUUCUCCAAAUCCACCAUCUGACCAUUACCCUGGCAACCAUCACCCUAGCAACUUCACCAUAAACCACCUGCUGGAGAACCAUGAGCUGCGAGUCUCCUCCUCCAAAUCAGCUGUUUAAAAGACCCCUCUCCUCUUCUCUCCUCUCACAUCCCCCCAUCUCCUCUCCUUUCGUCUCCUCUCCCCUACUCUCCUCUCACGUCCCUCCAUCUCCUUUCCUCUCCUCUCCCCUACUCUCCUUUCCUCUCCUCUCCUCUAUUCCCCUCUCCUCUCCUCUCCUCUAUUCCCCUCUCCUCUCCUCU